AUGUCGAGCAGAGCCGGAGGCCUCUACGGCGGAAUCCAGUUCUCGUCUGGCUCUGUAUUCAACUCUACCGUCCCCUCCUCUGCUGAACCUUCUAAAUCACCUUCGAUUGAACCACCGAAACCACCAACUACCGAAACAGCAACCAAAGACGCUCAAAAUGCAACUGCCGCCGGUGCCCCACCCACCACCUCAGCAGCACCGCCAACGAUGACAACAGCGCCAUCGGCAGGAGCAGCAGCCUCCGGAAAACCCACAGCUGCUUGGUCCGCCGCGCUUGCGUUUGCGCCCGUGCGCAGGAACCAGGCGGCCAAGGCGAAGCCGGCGGUGAACAGGCUCCCCGCGGGCGCUGCGGUGUUGCCCGCCGCGGCGGUCGCGGGGCUGUCGUCCACCGCUGUGGUGUUCGCGCCGCCUGUGCUCGUGGACGCCAAUGCGACUUCGACUGCGACUGCGACUUCGACGACCGCUGCGACUGCGCCGUCCCAGGAAUCUACGACUGCCACCACUGGCACGCAGGGAUGGGGCAGGAAGGUCAAGCCGCCGUCAAUGAUCCUCGACGAGGACGUGAAUGGAUUCAAGAAUAAUAAUCAGGGGCAAAAGAAGAAGUCGGGCAAGUCGAAGGGGAAAAAGAAUAAGAAUGCACCAGCGUUUCCGACGUGGGAUCCGAUGGAAUUGUACGACCCCAUGCGCCCGAACGAUUAUAAUGAGUAUAAGAUGUGGAGGACCAAAGAGCGCAUUGAUAGGCGCGAGCGUAUGGCGGAGCAGCGCAGGCAGGAAGAGAGGAAGAGGUCCAGGCGAAGCGCUAGCUAUUCGGACUCUGAAUAUAGUGGCUCAGACGACGACGAGCGACCUCGUAAAUCAGGCAAAUACGAUACCUAUGACCGCUGGUCUAGAGGUCGUGCUGAAUCCGCUCAUGAUGCCCCAGCUCAUGAGUCUGCCCCCGUCGUAAUCGACAGGGCUUUAACAGGCGACGAAGCCUUCCAGCGCCGACUCGCCAUGUCUGCUGCAGCAGCCCGUCCUCGCUCACCACCUCCAUCCGUCUCCCCUGCUGCAGCUCCCUCAAGGCCCCUUGACUACGAGCCACCACACCCACCACCCCAGGCAGAAACAGGGGAAGAGGCAUACCUCCGCAGGCUGGCCAUGUCGACGAUGAGCCGUCAUAAUCCACCACAACCGGCGCCGCCGCCACCACCACCUGCUGCAGCCGUAUCCCCACCUGCACCUGUGGUCUCUCCCCCUCAGCAGGAACGUCCGCGCUCUGUAUCGCCUCCUGCGCUCGCGUAUAACCCGUUCGCGCCCCCGUCUGUUCCUCCACCUCCGCCUCCGGGUGGUCCGGGUGCUAUCCCCAACGCGUUCGAGGAAAGGGUCAAGGCGGCUGCGGCUAUCGCUGCGAAACUCAGUGCGCUAGCCGCAACUGCCGGCGCGUCGUCGUCGUCUUCAUCCCCCGCUCCUCCUCCUCCCGCUGCAGAAGAACCUGUCGAGGAGAAAAAACCGGAUCCUCAUGGUUUCGCAGCACGGCUUAUGGCUAAAUGGGGCCACAAAGAGGGGCAAGGGCUCGGUGCUGGUGCAGAUGGAAUCGUCAACGCUCUUGUCGUCGAGCAAGUCGGCAGCAGCAAGUCAGGCAAGGGUAAAAACAAUGGGCCCCCGGGUAAAGGCAUCGGUGUGGGCUCGAAGAUGGGCAAGAUUAUCAAUAAUAACGAAGAUGCGAAGACGAGGGAGGAUAAAGAGCGCUUUGGAGAGCCCAGUCGGGUUGUGGUGCUCACUAAUAUGGUUGGGCCGGAGGAUGUUGAUGAUGAGGAUUUGCGCGAAGAAAUUGGUGAUGAGUGCUCCAAGAACGGAACGGUUGAGUGGGUGAUAGUGCACGCUGUCCACCCGCCUCCAGCAAAUCCUGAAGAUGCCGUCCGCAUUUUCGUUUUGUUUGCAGGACCAGUGGGUGCUUGGAAGACCGUCCGCGAGCUCGACGGCCGGUACUUUGGAGGACGCUCCGUGCGCGCACGAUACUUCCCCGAACAGUCCUUUUCACGCUAUGAUCUCGAUCGUGCGUUAUAG